CUCAACAGACGGGUCGGCAUUGAUGCUAAUUCGCUAUAUGCUACCGGUCUCGGAUGCCUUUUCACCGGCAAAUUUCUCGCGCAAUCAGCCGCAGUAUCCUUGGUUGUACGCUCGCAACUCCACGUACCACGAAUUAACACAAAUAGUUACGCCACCUCUGGAUGAGUUCAUUCAGCGAUUGCAGGACAAGGGUGUGACAGCAUACAACGGUCCGCUCUUUUUUGAAACCACUGGCAUACUGGACGAUGUUUACUUGCGGGCAAAUUCUACAUACGGCUUCUUUGAUACCGACCAGAUGAAGACGGAUGUGAUGGAGAUGGUUCAACAAACGCGUGCUAGAAAAAACUGUAGCGACGGGGGCAUGAGCGACGUGGAAAUUCAUUUUGGUGGACUCGAGCCGCAAAUCGUGACAUCAAGGACAAACGGCACCUUUUCUGAUGUGACAGUGAUGCCCAUUCAGCUUGCCAUCCACGUCCAGCAGAGGACCCUAGUCUCCGAUCGUUUCGACGGGUUCCGUUACCCAUCCAUACCGAUCGCUACUAUUUUGACUCAGAAUCGGUCCGUCGCCGAGUUAAUAUAA